CAAUUGAAUAUUGAAUUCUAUGAGAAAUUAUUUGCAAAUUAGUUCAGAUUAGUUACAAAAAAGAACAAAUUGAAAAAUCUAAAACGUGAUCUCCAUAAUACAGAACGAAUCGUGGAAUUUGAAACUAUCCUGCGAAAAUUGGAAUCAGCCUGCCAAACCAUAGUAGCACGAGGACCUGGAAAGAAACUAUUAAAUUUUGAGCUGCUACUAAAAACUGCUCCAAAAUUGUGGUGCAUUUUCCAAGGUAAAGCCGAACAAACUCAAGAUUUAAUAUACGGAUCAAUCCUCAAACACCAUGGUAAAGCCUGGGAAUUUCACAUUGAUGUUCCAAUACAUCGGAGAUUAUUGAAGAUAUGGUGGGAUGUGACGCGUGCGAUGGCUGGUUCCACUGCCGAUGUGUGGGAACUACGCCAGAAGCCCUCGAAGACCAAGAAAAGUGGUUUUGCCCGUCAGACUCCUGCCAGAAGGUGGGAGAAACGUACUAUAAAAAGUUGAAGGAAGUUAAGGAAGGAGGGAAGCCGAAGGAAAUUCCUGCAACGGAUGACCUAUCAGACAAGAGAAGCGCCAAAUCCGAGCACCAAGGCGGUAUUACUCUCGACAAACGUCUCCAUGCGCUAGAGAAGGAACAUAAAGCCAAGGAAAGGGAGAUGGAAAAUGAACGAAUCGUAAGAGAAAAGCGUAUUGAACUGGAUCGAUUAUUAAGGGAAAAGCAGCGAAAAAUCGAUAAUGAGCUGAGGGAGAAGGAAAUGCAGCAGGAGAAGGAAUUCUUGGAACAGGAACUGCAUGAUGCAAAGGCUCAUGCUCACCGUAUGCAAGAGAUGCGGCAGUCGUAUAAAGAUGCGAUAAAAGGCAUAAAAAGACCUUCAGCGAAUCCAGGAGCGAAGGAAGAAGGCGAUGACGAGGACAGUGUCGAUGAAGAUGAGGAAACCGAACGCAAGUCAGAAAAAUAUGAACAGGUGAAUGAUACACGACGAAUGUCGAAUAAUGAGGUAAUCUCAGACGGGCUGGGGCCCAACUUAGCUAGUCCAACGAAAGCACAAUUGGCAGCACGAAAUGCGAUUUCCAGGAAACUUCCAAUUUUUACCGGAAAACCUGAGGAAUGGCCAUUGUUUGUCGGCAGCUACGAAGCCUCUAAUACAGCCUGCGGCUUCAACGACGUAGAAAAUUUAGUCCGAUUGCAAGAGAGCUUGAAGGGCCCUGCAUUAGAGAGCGUUAGGGGGCAAUUGCUUCUGCCAAAGUCAGUGCCUAAAGUAAUGAGCAAACUCCGCCAACUCUAUGGACGUCCAGAGCAAAUUUUACAGAAAGUGAAACGAUUGGAUCCUCCAAAGGCAGACAAAUUGGAGACAUUCAUCCCAUUUGGAAAUGAAGUGGAACAACUAUGCGACCAUAUUGAAGCGGCGGACCUUCAGCAACACUUAAUUAAUCCGCUUUUAAUCCAGGAAUUGGUCGACAAACUGCCUGAAGGUGACAAGCGAGAAUGGAUUCGCUUUCGAAACAAAGAGAAAACGGUGACGUUGAGAACAUUAUCGGACUUCCUCUCCCAGAUUGUGUUGGAGGCAUGCGAGGCAAACGUGAGCUUCGACUAUAAACCAGCAUCCAAAAGUAUGUCCAGUCAGGUGGCAAAGGGAAGGAUCCGGGAGAAAGGAGUCCUUUUCAAUCACAGCAUGUCUGAGAAUCCGGAAAGUGAUUUAACAAUCGUCGACAAAUUAAAGCCCUGCAAAAUGUGCAAAUGAACGGAUCAUCGACUUCGUUUUUGCCAGGACUUUAAAGCGUUGGAUUUUGAAAACCGCAUGAAGUUGGUGGAGAAGAGCAAACUUUGCCAAAUAUGCCUAAAUGAUCAUGGAAACGCUUUCUGCAAAUUUAAAAUCCGGUGCAAUGUAGGCGACUGCCGUGAGCGCCAUCACCCGUUAUUGCAUCCACCUGAAAGCGCGAUGGUUAUCAAUACGCACAUUCAUACA